ACGGGGCGCGGUGCAGGGCCGCGGCGGGCACACGUGGCUCGGCCCCCCAAAAAGACUCUCCCCGCCGGCUGCAGAGGGCAGUUCGCACCUCGGGUCUCGCACGACCGCCGUCGGUACAGCGCCGUGCCGAGCGAUCCGCGGGGCGGCUGCGGAGGCGGCCGCGGGCUUGGGGCGGCUCUACCUGGCGGCGCGAUGAGUCUGACGGCCGAGAGCCACCGCGUCCCGCUGAGCGACGGGAACAGCAUCCCGCUCCUGGGUCUGGGCACCUACGCCGACCCCCAGAAAACUCCCAAAGGCACUUGUUUGGAAUCAGUGAAGAUUGCAAUUGAUACUGGUUAUCGCCAUAUUGAUGGUGCCUUUGUCUAUUUCAAUGAGCAUGAAGUGGGACAAGCCAUCCGGGAGAAGAUUGCUGAAGGAAAGAUCAAGAGAGAAGACAUCUUCUACUGUGGCAAGCUGUGGAACACCUGCCAUCCACCAGAGCUGGUACGUCCCACGCUGGAGAAAACCCUGAAGAUCAUGCAGCUGGACUAUGUCGACCUCUACAUUAUUGAGCUGCCAAUGGCUUUCAAGCCUGGAGAUGCAAUCUACCCAAGAGAUGAAAAUGGAAAAUUUAUCUACCAUGAGACAAAUUUAUGUGCCACUUGGGAGGCCAUGGAAGCAUGUAAAGACGCAGGCUUGGCAAAGUCUAUUGGAGUAUCCAAUUUCAACCGCAGGCAGCUGGAGAUGAUCCUGAACAAGCCAGGACUUAAGCACAAGCCUGUCAGCAACCAGGUUGAAUGCCAUCCCUAUUUCACCCAACCCAAACUCCUAGAAUAUUGCAGGCAACACGACAUUGUUAUUGUUGGGUACAGUCCAUUGGGAACCUCAAGGGAUGAAACAUGGGUAAAUGUAUCCUCCCCUCCUUUACUGGAGGAUCCUGUGUUGAAUGCCAUUGGCAAAAAGUACAAUAAGACAGCUGCACAGGUUGCAUUGCGUUUCAACAUGCAGCGAGGAGUGGUGGUCAUCCCAAAAAGCUUCAAUCCACAACGCAUCAGAGAGAAUUUUCAGAUCUUUGACUUCUCUCUCACCGAGAAAGAGAUGAAAGAAAUUGAAGCCCUGAACAAAAAUGUUCGUUACGUGGAACUUUUAAUGUGGCGUGACCAUCCAGAAUAUCCCUUCAGUGAUGAAUACUGAAAACAAAGCGUCCAGGCAGGUUCCUAAUCCAACAUCAUACUUGGCUAAAAGAGACCCAAUGUUUGGUGCUUCCUUUUUCUGGGAGACUGUUCAAAUCAGCAUUAAAACUAUGAAUUCUA